AUGUUUCGGUUGCUAAUGCUGGGCAUGUUCACAGUGCUCUUCAUGGAUGAGGGAGACAGAGUCCUGACAUGGAAAUGGGUUCGAUUUUGCAAUGCAUGUAACAAUUAUGAUGGAUUCACAUGCCAUGGGGGCAUGAAAACUUGCUGGAAGUUCAAUAUGCUUUUGCAGAACAGGAGUUGUGCCACAGAUCACUAUUACUAUAGUGAUCGCCUUACACGGAGAUACCUGUUUCGUUAUACAACACUGUCUUGUAGGCCUUGUGAGGAGGGAAUGUUCCAGGUAUUUCAUGACCUCCUGAGAGAAACAUAUUGCUGCACUAAUGAGAACAGGUGUAAUGACGGCAAUAAUAACUUGGAAAUUACAAGGAUACCAUGA